AUGGUGACUCAGCUCGCAGCCUCACCGCCUGCGCAGCGACCGCCGGAUCAUCAUGAUGAACAAACCACCGGCACCCCACCGACGCGCCAGCCCUCACCAAUGUCCCUCGCCAACUUCUCCUUUACACAAUUUUUCGUUGCGUUGGACGCGGCGGCAGCGGAGGAGCAGCGCGCCCCUGCGGAGGCCAUCGCAGCGGCCCCUGUAACCGCCACAUCAACGUCGAGCGCCGUGCAGUCUGCGACAAUGCCACACACGACGAAGCCCCUCGCCAACGCCGCCACUCUCUCCUUGCACGACUGCGUCCUUCUCAAGCUAAGUCUAACAUGCGCUCUCUGCGGUCGACUACUGCGACACCAGCCUGCCGCCAUCGAAACCUGCGGCCACUGCUUCUGCUACGAGUGCAUCAACAACGCCCUGGAGAAUGGGUGUGCGCCGCGGAUGAUAGAAUGGCCGUGGUGUACACUGGAGAAGGAGGUCGGCGCUGCUGAGGCGCGAUGGGCUGCUGCGACUGUAGUGUCUACACCCGCGAAAUCGUUGCGCCACAGCACAGCGGCAGGCACUCCAGGAGGCGCUCCGCACGCAACCGAGGAGACUGCAGAUGGGCACCACGAUUGCGAUGAGGUGCAAGUGGCGACCCCUCUAGGACCACGGGCCGCACGCUCUAUCGAUGCACAGCCGUCACGUCAGCCGCGCAAAUUACGCAAGGUGCGUCAGAUGUGCCCGCUGUGUCUUGGCCCUGCCUUCAAGUGGAUGCUCGUUUCUCUGCAUCCGCUCGCAGAUCUCUGCAACUCUCUACAUUCGGCGUACCCAGGUCUGGAGGGGGCGCUUAGGCGGCUCACAGCAAACACGUCGGACAGCGCUGCGUCCAUCACGGAGUCACGGGCAGUCUCUGCAAACCGUGACGAGGCAAGAGAACAAAUCGACAGCGACAUGCAGUGGCACGUGCGACCUGCCAGCGAUUCUGUUGACCUCAUCACAGCCGCCUUCGUGCCUCGCCCGCCAGUGCCCGGUGCUGAAGACUGGCGGAGCAGUCAGGACGAGGAGGCGGGGCGGCGCCGUCGCCGCAGCACCGGGGGGCCGCGGAAGGAAAUCACGUUUGCUGCCGACAUCGCAUCACGGGUGUCGACCAUUCCAGCCCCGGUCGCCCCCGACACCCAGGCGACUGCGAAUCAGGCCUCUGACCCUGCCGCUGAUGUCGCAUGCGUGGCGCGCAGCGCCGGCGUAGAAACCAUCGAGGAAGAGGCGUUCAACUCAGCUGAGGCUGAGGAGCAGGACGGCGGCGUCGCAGGAGCAGCAGUGGCGACGGUCCUCCAGCUCAGUGCCGAUUUGAUUCCCUCGCCAGGUGGCAUCCCUAUUCCAGCGUUCUCCGCGGCAACGGCGCAGGCGCCGCGCGACAUAGUGUCAUCCAGCUUGUGGCAGCGCGGUGCGGCGCUCAACACGCUGGAGCCAACGCCGCUGUGCCGAGAGGAGGUUCUGGGGCACUCACCUACAGAUGCCAACGCAGACGAGUACACUCAGCAGGGUGGAAAGGGGAACGUGGAUGCGGUGGUUAACCUUCACUUGGCGUCUGUCCACCAGCAUGCGAAGGGUGCGCGGGGCACCGCAGUCACGGCAGCCAACACGAACGCUCCUCAGCCCUUGCUUCCGUUUUUCACAGCUCAACGCCACCACUGCCUCUUACGUGACACUGUCCCUACACCGCCGGACAAGAGCGACGUGCUGUGGCCGGUGACGACGUCUCCAACGACAAGGGAGGGGGCGGAUGGUCUGGCGCCGCCAUCAACGCGGCUGCCGGCGCCACUCGGCAGCAUCGACGCGAUUCUGCGUGCGCGCGCCUCCUCCACAUCCGGGUGGUCUGUCAUCUGGGACGGGGUGGAAGAAAGGAAAAGCGACGACAGCGGUGGCAGCGACGAAGGCUGUCCCGCUACCCGGGCACCGACGAGUCCAUGCACCUACUCCACUGUACGAGUCGCUGAGGUGGGUGAAGAUGAGUGCGCUGCCCGGAACAAAAUGAGCGGCAACGGAGGUGUCCCUCGCGAACAUUCACGCCCUGUCACAGCGGGUGCUUUCGCAAGCGUGAGCCGUCACACCGUGAAGGAUGCGCUGACCUCCGUGCACAUGCAGGAUGUUUGGGAGUUGCACACAGCACUGGUCCGUCGACAUCCCCGACUGUCUCCGUGUUUUGCCGUCCUGCGGCACGGUCGUGUUCGCUGGAAGGCAGACGUAGCAGCCGAAGAGGAUGACAGUGAGUCUGCAUCCGAUUCGGCAUGCAACGAUGCUCCGCACCCACCGCCGCCGAUCCGGUGCGUGGUGGGGCAAUACCCACAGCAGUCGUGUCGAAGCAACCCAUCAGGCUUGCGCCUCCUCCCUACGCUCACCCCAACCGCCUGUACAGCUCUCGUGCUCGGUGUUCCAUGCGUGGACAUGACGUGGGUUGCGUCACCGACGUCUUCGCCUUGGACGGCGCACGCCGUCUCUGGGUGGCAGACGAGCACCGCCGUCGUGGACGGCACACCAUCCCCUUUGGGGAGUGAGCAGCAGAGGCCGAACGCAUUCCAGAACGCGCUGGAGCGGCUGACGGCGGCGUCUGGCGCCUCUUCCCAGCCACAGCGCCUCGCAGAGCCACUGCCGGCCUCGUGGAUGGCCACAACGCAGCGUGCUCUCUUGGCCCACCUGCACCCCAUCGCGCAAGCGCAUGACAUUCAAACCGGCGCUGAUACGACUGUGACCCACGCUGCUGUAGAUACGUACGUGUUCUUUCUCCUGCCAGACGGUGCCGCGCGGCAGCUGGGUGAAAUGCUCUAUCAUCAGUGGACCCGUGAAGAGUUGUGGCAGUCACCGCAGGCGAAGGAAGCGCAUCCAGCGGUACUGAGGCCUCUCUCAUCAUUGUCGCGCAAGCGGCGCAGAGAUGGGGUGCGUGCCAGCGGCGUCACACACGGCGUCGGCAACUGGUCGGCGACGGACGGUCACCCACAACGAGCUUGGCGACGUCUACUGCUGGUGGCCGGUGGUGCAGCAGUGGAGCUUUCGUGGACGCUCUUCGAGGCCCUCGUAGCAACUGCCGCUGCCUUGGAAGCCGGUGACAGCGUGGUGGAAAGGCGCAGCGCGGCGGACACGGACUUUAUGGUGGACUCGCUGGCCUCACACCUUCGGCAUCGACGCACCAGUGACACCAGCAGCUUGUGGAUCCAUGUAGAUGUAGCGGACUGCUGGCGUGAGCCAUCGCCGCCGCUGUCGGGAGCGACCCCAGUCCACUCCCGCGGUGCCCAGCACACAUUCUUCCUCCUCUACAGCAUGGCGGUAGCACGUGAUGUUUUCGUGCAGCUGGUAGCAGAGAAGAAUGGGCGCGGGAAAACGCCGUGCACCUCACCCUCUUCUUCAGCGUCUCCGACGUCUGCGUCGCCGGCGCCAGGAGAUCCCAGCACCGCUCGCACCCUGGCUUAUUUGCGACGCUUCAAGGUUUUUCUCGAUCGCCUCGCAGCGCUCAUCGCCCUCGUAGCGGCGCCGGUUCUUCCUGGCAGCGCCUCUUUGUAUGGAGGCGCGUCACACCGGCAGGAGGCUCGCCCGUCCAGCUGGUUACUGGAGAACAUCGCGCAAGGGCGCCGCAGUGCCGGCAGCAGCGUCAACAUCUCGGCGCUGUCGCAAGCGCAAGAGGCUGCCGGCGAUGGCAGUGCCUCAUCCAUCAUCACAAGCGAAAGGCAGAGCAGCGGCGAACGGCAAGUCGAAGGAGCUGCGCCGCUUCCACCGCAGCGAGCAGGAGUGUACCGUAGCUUGCUCUACACCGACACUCCGUAG